AUGUUCACCACAAAUACCGUGCAAGGCGGCUCAGUGCCCACACUACAAUACCAGGAACAUCCACAGAAAUCACAAGGGAAAAACAUUGAAAAUGUUCAACAAAAAACACAACAGACUCAGCAAACCCAACAGGAGUUCCCAACAUUUUGUUAUACAACCAAUGUAAAUAUGAUAGGUAAAAUUGGUUCUGGAGCUACAGCUGGGACAGGGGGUGUAAAUAUUGCCCAACUCACUACCAGUGAUGAUAAAACAUGUUACAUAACCCAGCCUUUCUCAUAUAAUUAUGCUCUAGUAAAUCAAAUGCAAAUCGCACCAAACGGACUACAGAAUACAAUAUCAAAUAUAAGUUUCAAGUGCGACGUCUGCGGACUUAUGUUUGGUCAUCUCACUUUACUUACUACUCAUAAACGGAUGCAUACACAGGAUUCAGAUAGUAAUGUGGUUGUUGUAUCGACUGGUGUCAGUACAGCGAAUGAUGUCAGUAUGCCGCCCCACAUACAAAUACUAUCAACAGAUCCCAACGAAACUCAACAACAACAUCAUGUUCAAUUACAAGAUACUAAACCGGUAAUAAUAGAAAAAGUCCAGAAAUGUAUAACAUGUGGAGGUGCCAUAACAAAUAAUCCGAAAAGGAAAGGUCCGAAGCUAAUACGAUGUGAAAACUGUAUAGCACAAGAUUCGGUAGAACAAAGAAAUAAUCAAUUAAAUACUACUCAAAUAUUUGUAGCAGCUGAAAAUAAUGUUAAAUUUGAAGUGGGAGGUGCUAGUGGGGUCCAAGCUCCUGGAGAUCCAUUAUCAAAUGCAUCCAACAAUCAACAACAACAGAAACCAUUACCGGGUCAUCAUCCUGUUAAAAAAAGAAAUUUAGCUUCUGUUACGAAAUGUCAAAACUGCAACGGUUCUGGGAUAGUGUUUGUCGGAGGAAGAGAUAAAAGCAAAAACAAUCAAGCAAUAGCAGAUAAGCCAUUCCAUUGUAACAUCUGCGGUGGUUCAUUUUCAAGAUAUUCAUCAUUAUGGUCUCAUAAGAAGUUGCAUUCUGGCGAAAAGAACUUUAAAUGUGGGAUAUGUGGGAUUGCAUUUGCGAAAGCCGUUUACCUCAAGAAUCACUCGAGAAUACACACUGGUGAAAAGCCCUAUAGAUGUCAAACAUGUGGAAUGCAGUUCUCACAGUCACCACACUUGAAGAACCAUGAAAGAACACAUUCUGGAGAGAAACCUUAUGUCUGUGAAGUUUGUGACAAAGGAUUCGCCAGGCACGCGACUUUAUGGAAUCAUCGUCGUAUACAUACGGGAGAGAAACCAUACAAAUGCGAAACGUGUGGCUCGGCGUUCAGUCAAGCCGCGCAUCUUAAAAACCACGCCAAAGUGCAUUCCGGUGAGAAGCCAUUCAAAUGUGACAUUUGUACCGCUGCCUUCGCUGACCGCUUCGCUUUGAAACGACACAGAGGCAUACACGACAAAUAUGGUCAAACAGCUCCUCUUCCUUCAAGAAUACAACUCACCCAGCAAGAGCAAUCACAGCAACAGACAAACAACGAACAGCAAGCAACACCGACCGUGGAGGUUGAACAUCGUACAGAACAAACUCUAUGA